AUGGCAAUUCCUAACAACAAUAAUGUCAGCAGCUUCUUCUUCAUAUUGAUGGAUCUCCCAGGACUGGAGUCUGCUCAUUGCUGGACAGCUAUUCCUAUCUGCACUAUCUAUGUUCUUUCUGUGCUGGGCAAUGUCAUCAUAAUGUACAUCAUCAAGUCCAUACCCAGCCUCCACACACCCAUGUAUCUCUUCCUCUCCAUGCUAUCAAUGGCUGAUCUGGGCCUCUCAGCUUCUACACUGCCUUCAAUGGUAGCUGUCUUUCUCCUGGGCCAGAGGAAGAUGGAAGCUGUAACCUGCUUUAUGCAACUCUUCUUUAUCCACACUUUCUCAGUCAUUGAAUCAGCUGUUCUGUUGGCCAUGGCUUUUGACCGCUGUGUGGCUAUCCGAGAGCCCUUACGCUAUACCUCCAUUCUCACAACCAAGCGCAUUGGGGCCAUUGGACUGGCUGUUGUGACCCGUAGUGCUGCCCUCCAUUUGCCCCUGCCUGUGCUCCUUGGAAGACUGCAAUUUCAGCCUGUAAAUUCUCUGUGUCAUUCUUAUUGUGUUCAUCCUGAUGUCCUAAGGCUGGCCAGUUCCAGCACUCUUGUGAACAGUACCUUUGGGCUUUUUGUCAUGCUCUCCACUUUGGGGAUGGAUGCUGUGCUUAUUCUCUUCUCUUACAUUCUGAUAUUGAAGACUGUAUUGAGCAUUGCUUCCAAGGCUGAGAGGCUCAAAACUUUCAACACCUGUAUUUCCCACAUCUGUGCUGUGCUACUCUUUUAUACCCCGCUAGUUAGCUUGUCCAUGAUCCAUCGUUUUGGGAAAAAGAAACUACCAGUUCAGGUAUACAUGCUUCUUUCUUAUUUGCACUUUCUUGUGCCUCCAAUGCUCAACCCAAUUGUCUACAGUAUCAAAACCAAAGAAAUUCGGGUUCGCAUUUUAAAGAUGCUCAACCCGCAAAAGCUCUGA